AUGAAGGCACCCAAAGCUCCACUUGAAGUGCCGGAGAGUCUCUGUUUCCAGAUCUUGGGCCCCGAGGAGAUAGAGAAGCACAGCGUCGCUCGGUUCGACGCUAAAUCCGAGUUGGAGCCGACGAAGAAGGCCCGCUGCAAGGCCAAGUACGCAAAACUGGGCGUGCCGUACAAUGCAAUCGGCAAAUGUCCGACGUGCGGGGCUUAUGGGAGAAAGUGCCCAGGGCACUUCGGCCACACGGAUCUGGCGGGCCCGCUGUUCCGGGGGGAGGAGGAAAACAAGAUCAUCGCUGACGUCAUGCGGCACCUCUGCUUCGCUUGUGGGCGCCCGUCGAGAAUGAAGACGCGACUCGCGAAGAUUCAAGAUCUGCAAGAGAACAAGUGUUUGAACCCGAUGGACAGGCGGUCCAUGACAGAGAUUGCGGGGAACAUCAGGGGCCCGAGCGUGUCGGCCACGCAUCCCGUGCUGGCCCAAGCAGGCGGCUUGGUCCUCAAGGGCGCGACACGUGGCAUCCUCCUACGCAAUUGGAGCCAGAUCCUGUGCGAAAGCUGCGGCGCAAGCUUCAAGAAAUUGGCCACGACUCACCCCGAGAUGGCUAUCCCCAGAGGCUUCAGCGCGCUCGCGAUCCUGGACGCCCUCAAAAGAAUCUCGGAUGACGACUGGGCGCGGUGUCCGCUGCGGAAUUCCGGCCGGAUCUCCGUCGCCCGGCCGGAAUGGCUGCUCCUGACCAAGCUCCCCAUUCCCCCCCCACAUCUAUGCCUGACCAUCGCCCCCCUGAAAAAGUUGGUGGCAAAGAAUCGGUGUCUCAAGCGCGAGCACGCGGCCGCGAUGCGGCGGGACCCGGACCGCGCGCUCAAGCUGCUCGCGCACAGACUCCCGAGCGAGCUCCAGCCGCUGGCCAACGAGCACUUUGGGACCAAGGGCACGGUGAGUGCUGACGUCAUGGAGCAAGUGAACGCCCUGGUUGGGCGUUCCGAUGGGACAGGCGAGGAGCGGACGCCGGAGCGGAAAGCGGAUGCGGAGCGGAAUGAGGGGUCAGGCUGGGUACCGAGACCGGAUGGGGAAGAGGGACCGGGGUGGGGAAGUGGAUCAAACUGGGACGAGAACAAGGAACAGGAAACGGAACCAGAGCCGGAGCGGAAACCGGAACAUGAGCGGAAGGAAAAGUCGGCUGAGAGAAAACCGGCAAUCAAGCGCAGGUUCUUCAGAAAGGGGAAGCCGCUGAUGUUGGUUCCGGGGGCGACCCUGAAAGUGGGAGAUACGCUGGAGCGGUCGCUGCGAAAUGGCGACCGGGUGGUGAUCAAUCGCUACCCGUCGCUGCAUAAGGGCAGCGGGUUCUCGGUUACGGUUCGGGUUUCCGAAACCAAAACCUUCGCCCUCCACCCGGCGAUGUGUAGGGGCAUGGGAGCGGACUUCGACGGCGACACAAUCGUCAUCCACGUGCCGCAAGCUCCAGAGCCGAGCGCCGACGUGCAAAGCCUGCUCCCGAUCGAGGAGAAUCUCGUUUCUCCCUCGGGGGGUGAAGCCAUGGUUACUUUCUUGCAAGACUCCCUCCUAGCCCUCUCCGAGAUGGUUAGCACGCUGACCACCUUUUUCACCCAGGAAGAAGCGCAAAAUCACUUCGCGAACGUGCUCCUCGCGUCAGGGUCAGAGGACGGGUUAACGCUAAACCACUUCCCGGAACCGGCAAUAUGGAAGCACCCCGGGUCGGAGGUUCUAGCGGGCGGAAAGCGGGUUAAAAACCCGGUUUGGACCGGCCCGCAGCUGGUCGCGGCGCUGCUUCCGGACGGUUUCGAGUACGAAAGCCCGGGUGAUGGGUUAGCAUUGAUCGGGGGAGAGUUCGUGGAGAUUGACCGGGAGGGGCAGCUUAUGGUCUCAGUUGGCAGACCGGUCAGGGGAAGCGCGUGGCUGCAACCGGGGCCCCGGGGACUCGUCGCGGCGCUCGAUCAGAUGUCAAAGGAAAACGCAUUCACUCCUACAACCGGCCCCGUCUGCGGGCCGCGCGGCGCGGCCGCGGCCCUCGACGCGCUCCUCGCGCUCGCGCACAGCGUCAUGGACGAGCGCGGCUUCAGCGUGGGCCUCGCUGACGUCACCUUCGCAGACGCCCUGAAAGCUGACGUCAGGUGGGAGCUCUUUGAGGCCUUCCAGCGGGAGACGCGCGGCGCGGCCGCGAGGGCGAUGGCGGUGCGGCCCAAGCAGGUUUUGGGGGCUUUUGGGAAGGGGCGGUCGCGGGAGGACGAGAAUUGCGCGCCCGGACUGAUGCUUGCGAGUCAGAGCAGCGCCAAAGCAGUGCAGACAAUCUUCAAGGACUAUUCCUCAAGACUCGCCCGCCUUCUGCUCCCCGUUCUACCGCCGACAAACGCGUUCAAGCGCAUGCUGGACGCCGGAUCGAAGGGGUCCCCCUCCGACCUGGUGCAGCUGUGCCUGGCGGUGGGCCUGCAGGGGCACCUGGGCUCGGGCGCAUUCCCACUCGCGGUCAGACAGGAGCUGUACGGGGCCCACUUCUUUUCCGAAGACGAGUUCGGCUCGCGCCUCUCUGCUGACGACGCGGCCGCGCGCGACGCCAAAGCGCGCAACUGCUCCCUCGACCAGUAUCGCGAGGCCGCGGAGCCGCGCGCGCGUCUGCAACUCCUGUACGCCCAAGCAAACUUAGGGCUCGUCCCCGUCGGCUUUGGCGGGGCCGUGCUCGCGCGAGCGCGCGAGCAAGAGCCCAUGAGCGACGCGCUGCGCGCGUGCGGGUUUUGGUGCACCGCGCAGGCGGGCCGGGACAGGAACAUCGCACACCACCUGCUGACCGCUCUUCCCCAUGGAAUUGGCUCCGGUUUGAGAGCCCAAAUGGCUGACGUCAAGCUGGCGUAUGACGGCACGUGCCGCGACCUCUCGGGCACGAUCCUCUACUUCAACAAAGAAGCGGAGGGGCCGAACGACGUCGACGCGACACGUGGCGCCCUGCAAUUGGACCCAGAAGAGAGCGCGGGAAGCCUGGCGUCAUACGCGCUCAGCGAGCCAAUGUCGCAGCAGGCGUUGAAGUCGAAGCACCCGGGGCAAUACGCCGGGGAAACACUGGACGCGCUCGAGCUGGCUCUGCAACUGAAGACACCGGGCUCCAAGUUCUGCCACGUCAUCCUGCCGUUUGUACCCGAGGUGAAGACGGGAGAAGAAGGGGCAGCGACGCCAGAGAUAACGUCAGCCCGUGAAAUCACGUCCCGAGAUCCCGCCACCAGGAAGUGUCACGCGCUCAUGGACAAGAUCCGGCACGUGACGCUGAAAGACAUCGCAGCGGCAUGGGAGAUCAGGUACGAUCCCAAGACGGCGCAGCGUGCCUACGACCAGCGCUCCAACUUCAUCCUUUCCAUCGAGCUGACGAAGCAGGCCAUCUUCGACCACCAUCUCUUCGACGCCGUGCGCACUCUGGACCUGCCACGUGUCCUGGGCGACGCGCAGCCGGGCUUCCGCGCGCGCGUGUGGACUGAGGUCACGUGCCAUAAACCCGAGGGCGGUGCCGAGUGCCCCGCGUGCGCGCAGAUGGCGGCGGACCUGGCGGCCGAAGCGCGCCUGGCCGCGCGCGCAGAAAACUCCUCCGUUGACGGCAGCGGUUACGAAGAGGACCCGCCCUCCGUUUUCGACAGUACGGCUCGCAAGCUGCGGGGGAUGAGCCGGCAGGCUCUGCGAGAAUAUGCGGCGGUACGAGGGACCCCUGAAGUCAUCAGUGGUUCUUGCAGCAGCGCGUCUCUGAUUACAAGGAUCAUCGAUUGCUGCAAGAUCCAUUCGGAGGCGUUCUUCAUCGAAAACCAUCAAGUGCACCUUUUAGCGGUGCUGGCAGACCACGAGAUAGACCUGAGAGCCCCCAAGAAGUUUCCGGGGAUCGCGGCGGGGGACGAGGCGGGCGUGCUGAUGGGAGCGCAGAACGCGCGCAUUCGCGAGGCGGAGGAUUUCCUGCGGACCACGCUCAAAGGUGAUCCGAUGGUUACGGACCUCAAGCCCACCUUCACCGAAUACAACCUCCUCUUUCCCCGGCCCACUCCGGUAGAACCUUCCCCGGUCACUGCCUCCUCAGCCGAACCACCGCUCAGCACACCGGGGCGGUUAAUCGGGGAGGUCACGCUGGAGGUGACGUUACGGCGCCCGACGGGCAAAGCGUUAAAAAGGUGGAAACCGGUGGCGCACGCGGCCGCGGCCGCGGGGGGUUUGGUCGACGCGGUUGACUGGAACCGGGCGGUCUUGAAGCACCCGGGGGAUGUGGAGAAAGUAUAUGGGCUGGGAACGGCGGAAGCUAUGGUCAAAAAGACCGUGACGUCGCUUUACGCCGAGGCAAAGGCCCCCGUCUACGAGCAGCACAUCAAUCUGGUUGCGGCGUGUAUGGCCAAAUCUGGGAAGCUCCGUCCGUUCACGUCCGCCGCGCUGAACCAGUCGCUCGGCGCCGCGAGGCGGCGGACGGAAAAGCACCGCGCGGAAACCGCGCCCAUGCGACGCGCGCACUACGGGGGUGCCUUCUCGACUUUCCAGCAGGCCGCGCUCCGCGGCGGCACGGAAACGCUCGCGAGCGCGGUCAGCCUGAGCGCGUUCGGGCGGAACGUUCCGCUGGGCACCGGCGGAAAGUUCGACCUUUUGCUCGAUUUGACUCGAUUCCCCCCGGCGACUGUGAUUCCUGAGAGAACCUGGCUAUGUGUAGAAAUGCCGGAUGCGUUUAGGGAAACGGAAGCAGCUAGGGCCUCCGGAGAGGAGAAGAGGCUCGCCGGCUCCGGGAACCGCAAAAACGCUUCCGGAACUGAAAAAGCUCUGCAUGCAGUCACUGCGGUUCACGUAUCAGUGGUUCACCACAGCGUUGCUGGGCGUGCCUCACCCGCUGCGUUCUUCACAGCGGUGUGUGUGUGCGGUAAGGAGUUGCCGGAGUGGAUUGGGGCGGAGCAUACGCUGUUCCCGAGGUGGAAAGCGCGCACGCUGACGCAUGAUGGCAUCCGAGAUGCGCGGUACUUCAUCCUGCGACUCGGAGACUCGGGUGUUCAGCAUCCGCCGGAAGGCGAGGGGCAUCUUUCCGCUGAGAGACUGAGAGACGGAGGGGAGAGUGAUGGAUGCUGA